GACAAUGCGCAUGCUCCAAUCUAUACUUCACUGGCUACAAUGUAACAAGGAGAGGAAAUGUUUAUCGUAUUGGUCUGAUAUGGGCGGCAUGGUCUCCUCCCAGUCCCAGAAACAUAUGAAAAUAUUUAAAGCCAGGACACUAAGCAGUGCUGAUAAAUAUGGGGUGGCCUGCAGGAACCUCAGGGAGCUGAAGGAGAAAGGGUGGAAGAAGUUCCAGCUGCCACCUAGCAGCACCCGAGUCUGUCUGUAUGAAGACGGUACGGAAGUGAGCGACGAUGAGUAUCUGUGGCAUCUCUCAGAUAACACUGAACUUAUGUUACUGACUACUGGUCAGACAUGGCGUGGAAGCAUCGAUUGGUUGCUGAAUUCCUUUUACACAAGUCUGACCGAUGUCCCCGAAGCUGCCAGGAGGCUUCUAUCUGAUGAACAGGCUCCCAAGACACAGAAGAUACUUAUUGACUUCGUUCAUAACCUGGAUGAAAACAUCUCGGCAGAAAAUCGCGAGGAAGAUGAGCCAUGGUUUGAAGGUAUAGAAUCUCGGUUUAAGAACAAGUCCAGCUACAUGAGGUUCCGAUGUGAGAGCAGAAUUCGAGGUUACAUGAAAGAGGUGCAGAAUUCGGCAGCCUCUGUGGAUCCAGCAGCGAAGGAGGAAUACAACAACCUCAUAGAGGCUCUGAGCAAAGAGCUGAAAGCUGCCAAGUACAAUGGAUGUUACUUCAACAGGAUGGAACACAAGGCCAAUCGUCUUUGUACUGAAGAAGGAUGGUUCUCUUGUCAAGGUGCUUUUGAUGUGAAGGACUGCACCUACCGGCAUUCUAUCAACCCAUACAGUAACAGAGAAAGUAGAAUUCUUUUCAGCACCUGGAACCUGGACCACAGGAUUGAGAAGAGCCGAGCAAUCUUACCUUGCUUACUGGAAGCCGUGAAGGAAAGUCGGGGAAGACGGGUCAACCACCCGUAUUUUUUUGACCUUUUGUUUACCACAAAGAACCUUAAGCUGGUCCACAUUGCCUGCCAUAAGAAAACCUCGCACAGCUUGAGCUGUGAUCAAUCCAAGAUCUAUACUACUCAGAAAAGACCCAGACAUAAAAAGAGAUCUCAGCGCCAGUUAUCAUGA